AUGCGCUGCUUCGGGGAGGAGGGCAGCUGGAACAUGUCCUUUGCCGGCGCUGGCUUCAUGGGCCUCUACUACGUCGGCGUCACCCACUGCCUGAGGGAGCGCGCCCCGCGCCUCCUCCAGGGCGCCCGCCGGUUCUACGGCUCCUCGUCUGGAUCGCUCAACGCCCUCUGCAUCGUCAUGGGCGAAUCAGUUGACUUCCCCUGCUCCCAGCUCAUGGUCCUGGUCAAGCAGGUGGAACAGCUGAGCCUGGGCGUCUUCCACCCCGCCUUUGGGCCCAUCGAGCACAUCAAGCAGAAGCUGCAAGCCUUUCUGCCCGCCAACAUUCACCUCUUGGCCUCCCAGCGGCUGGGCGUCUCACUGACCCACUGGCCUGAUGGCCGCAAUGUCAUGGUCACGGAUUUCUCCUCCCGCGAUGAGGUCAUCCAGGCCGUGAUCUGCUCCCUAUACGUCCCUUUCUACUGCGGGAUAAUCCCCCCCGAAUUCAGAGGGGAGCGCUACUUGGAUGGGGCUCUGAGCAACAACUUGCCAUUGGCGGACUGCCCCAACACCAUCACCGUGUCGCCUCUCCACGGGACAGUGGACAUCUGCCCCCAGACCACCUCGGCCAGCAUGCACGAGCUGAACUCCUUCAAUACCAGCUUCCAGGUCUCCACCAACAACGUUUACAUGGGGCUUCUCUGCCUCAUACCCCCCAGCCCUGAGGUGGUGGCCGACAUCUGCAGACAAGGCUACCUGGAUGCCCUGCGGUUCCUGGAGAGACGCGGACUCACCAAGGAGCCGGUGCUGUGGACAUUGGUGUCCAAGGAGCCCCCAGCCCCAGUUGACGGGACCUGGGAUGCUGUUCAUGUCCCAGGCCAAGAGGCAGGCCUGUCGCUCAACUGGGAAAUACCCAACGUGGUGGUCAAGGACGUGCCCAACUUUGAGAAGGUCUCGCCAGAGCUGGAUGCUGUACUGAAGAAAGCAUGUAUGAGGGACCCCAGCCCCUGGGCCCGCUUCCGCCGGUCGAUGCCCGGGCGGGCAUUGACGUACCUACUGCUGCCCUACACGCUGCCCUUCGAGUACAUCUACUUCCGGAGCAGAAGGCUGGUGGCGUGGCUGCCCGAUGUGCCGGCUGACUUGUGCUGGAUGCAGGGCACGAUGAGGACAUUGGCCUUCGAGGCCUACGUCAAAACGAAGGACCAGCUUGUCGGGCUGGUCAGAUGAGGUCGGCAGGAGCGGCCGUGCUGGAUGGGGGAGGCAGCAUCUGUUUCUCUGGCCCCCAGGCAGGCAGUCCACAUCAUCCGAGUCCCACUGUCCAUGCCCCUGUGCAGCCCCCUGCACAUGUGUUUGGUCACCGCUGUGGGUUAGACCCGUGCUGGACCUGGAUGUCGGUACUGACCAGUCACAUCGAUGAGUCUGCAGGGCCUGCUGGGGGCAGUCAUCACUCCCCCUGCACACACAGAGCCGGAGCUCACAGAGGACAGCCAGCUCCCACUCUGCCAGAUCCCUGCCAGUCCUUCUGCCAUCCUUCCAGAUGUCCCCACAUGCCCUGUUUGGGGUCUGGGUUGGGGCUGCCUGUCUCUCCCCCACCUGCCCUCCCUACUGGCUGGAGACCCCACAGUCCCCCCACACCCACUCAACAGCCAUUUGUUUACCAAGGAAACUGGCACAGGGCUCCCAGGGAGGGGCCACCCCGGGAACCUUUCCGUCACUCCCAGCUCAGCCAGAAUAAGGGCCCAGGUCCUUCCUCAUUGCAGGAUUUGGGAGAAGCGUGAGCCAGGGCUCCCUGAGUGCCAGGCUGCCACCACAGGGCUUCCCCCUGCCCGUCACCCAGCCCCAGGCUCUGACAGCCUGCACUGGUUGGAUCCCACUUCCUCUGCAGCCUGUUGGUCACCAGCCCCCUUCAGCCCAAGACAGCCCGUCCUUCGCAUUUGGCCAAGAAACCCAGGCCUGCCCUGCCCAUCAGUCCUGAGGGCCACCAAACUGGGCCAGCCCAGCGACUGGCCCAGACGUGUCCUGUGUGCUCACUUUUGCCCCCUGAGUAAGGCCUGGAUGUGACUCGCCUUCCGGAGCUCGGAGCCCAGCCAUUCGCCCAGGGUGGGCACUGGAGUUGUUGGCUGAGUGGAGGACUGAGGGGACA